GGACACCAGAUGCGUUUGACGAUCGAUGACGACGAAGCUGGUUAACUACAGAUGCAGGGUCAUUAUUAAAGGUCAUAAAAGUUAAUAUCCUUGGAUGCUAGACUGUACGUUGUGUUGUCCUUUUAACUUAUAGACCUUUAGAAACUUGCCGAGUACUGUAGUACCCUCCUAUUCCCUCAGCAGGCAGAUCCCACCAGGCCUAGAAUGCCUCGGACCAAAGACUAUGUUGGAUUCUUGACGCCGUUGUGCACAUGGCCGGUGAGGGGGAGGUCAUUCAACAUGAAGACCUACAUGAUGACCCUCUUUGCCAUCGGGUGUGUGCUGCAGAUCUGUGGUGUUUUAGUGUUGUACCACAACCCUAGUUCCACAAAGACUCCUAGAAGCUUCGUGCGAGUGUCCAGCAAAGCUUACCAGAGCCUGGCUGACCAUCAGGCUAGAAACCACCAAGGCUCCAUGUCCCGAACAGCCUAUCAAGCGCGAGGAAUCUUUGCGAAAAUAGAGGAAGUAGCAGAUGUCGUGGAAAGUAAAGACGCCAUCGAAGUAAACAACAACACCGACCCAUCCUGCGUGGAAAGGAACGUGGAAUACGGAGAGGUGGAGGAUCUGAUGUGUUGGCCUCGGCCAAAGUUCGACGACAGCCUGAAGAACCCUUGCUGGUGGGAAGACUCCGUCUCUGUGCGGGAAUACGCCGUUGGCAGAGGUCGCCCUCGUUCCUUGGGCACCCUGAAAUGUCUACCCUACUUCCACAUUCUAUGCUGUUCCAAGUCGGGGACGACGGAUCUGUACAACCGCAUCAAGAUGCACAGGGAGAUCGUCCCCAACUCGGGGAUAUUCGGCAAGGAGCAGCUGUACUGGGGCUGGAGUAAAUAUGGUUACACCAACAGACUGACUAAAGCAACUCCGCGCUCCUUCGCCAGUUACCUGCAAUCAUUCACUUUGAUCGCGCGACGUCUGGCCUCCGCCGCCUUCUUCAAACAAAGUUUGACCAAAAAGCUUGUCACUUUGGACGCCUCGCCACCCGACAUGUGGGACUUCCGAGGCUGGUCUCUCCUCCCCCAGAACAAGGGGCUGCGAGAACCGAAAGUGCUGACCCCUCACCUCAUGCGCCACCUGUACCGUGACCCCAAGUUCAUCGUCCUGAUGAGGGACCCCGUGGAAAGACUGUACACAGCUUUUCUCUUUCACCGCAUGGGGGACAGUCCUCAGUCCUUUCACCUGGCUGUCAAACAGGCCAUCGCCAUGUUCGAUGUCUGCCUGUCGCAGGCCACGAGCCGCCGGGAAUGUUAUUUCAACGGUUCAGUCACAGAACACUUACCUGCUGAUAUUCACUUCAUCUGCUAUGCUGUCUUCCUCAAGGAGUGGUUAGCCGUGUUUCCAUGGAAGCACUUCCUGUUCAUGCGCACUGAGGACUACUCUAAGAACGUAACAUCCUCUCUUCUGGAGGUUUUCCGCUUUCUGGACUUGCCCGAGCCUGACAACCAAACCCUGGAGAGGAUGAAGCAGCUGCCCAUUGCCCAUCACACGCAGCAGAAGGACUUCGCCGGCGACAUGCUUCCAGAGACGCGCGCCAUCUUGACGCAGUACGUGCAGCCGUGCAAUGCCGAGUUAGCGGACCUGAUGAACGACCAGAAGUACACGUGGAAGGACUCCCACAGCGCCCCCCAAACAUCUCAACAGCAAGAGUAUUAGAAUGGUGUUCCAGUGUAUUUAUUAUUCACACGGAUGUACUCCCGGAGGAGUGCUAGAGAUCUGGUCACGUGUCUAGUCCAGUACUUUGAGUCCAGUCCACAGUCCAUAGUCCACAGUCCACAGUCCAUACCCUUCCAUCGACAAAGCGGUCUGAGCUUGGUGGUGGUCAUCGCUGAUGACAUCUUCUGGUACAAUGUCGGCGAUCUUCCCAACUGUCAAGCGUCGUGUGACUGCUGCGACAUUAAGAGAGUGUGAUGGUCGUCUGCUUGCCGUUGUUUCUGCUAAUCAUGGGAUUUGAAACCGUUGACAGAGGGUUGCCUGGUCACUGGUGUCAACGAAACUCCAUUGACAAGAUUAAAAUUGAAAAAAUAAGAAAUGGUUUCCAUUUACAGCAUAUUGACAUUUUUUAAGAAACGAGAGAGUAUUUUUCUUUGAUGUUUUCAUGUUUGUUGAAAUGCUGAUUAAGGUAAGAAUCCUAAACAAUGUAUUUCGCGGUAAUUGUGAACACAACCAAGUGCCUAGUGUAGAACUAAACUGAAAGGAUAGUUCCAACUCACAAACAAUGUCUCAGAUAUCUAUACAUGUUUGUGAGUAGCUACAAAGUCCCCGACCAUAAUUUGGACUGUUUGUAGCUGAACAUCAAGUAUCUAGAACAAUUUGAGCGGAAGUCAGUACUCACAUUGAUGAGAACAUACUUCACGAGCUGAACAUCAAGUAUCUAGAACAAUUGGAUUGGAGCGAAAGUCAGUACUCAUAUUAAUGAGGACAUACUUCACGAGACAUCAACGACGGUUUUAUCUAACCUGAAAGUAAAAUUAUUUUAAUGUACGGAAGUUUUACAGGAUGAGUAAUGUAUAGUGACACAUGCCGGAGGAUUUCGGUACAUGUGUGUGUGUGUUUGUGUUUGUGUGUGUGUUUGUGUUUGUGUGUGUGUGUUUGUGUGUGCCCUGCCACAUGUCUGUGUGUGCAAAAUGUAGUUCCCAAAGGUUAGAAGGUCGGUGUGCAGGCAACGUGACCUGCACAUAGAGAAGGUGAACCACUCACAGUUCACACCCACUUGGCCUCGAGACUUCAGUGUGAAAGUGCAGAAUAUGUCAAGUCUACCGCUGUGUGUCAUGAUGACCUCUAACCCUGGCUGUUUAUUUCUGAUUUGUCAUCAUCUUAGUAUUUGUGUUUAUGUUUGAGUCGGUGUCUGUGUGUGCUCUCUUCCCUCAUCCCAUCCCCCUCAAAAAUAUAAUAAUUAGGGUUUGAUACUGCUGUUUAGUAAGGGCAUUUCUGUAAUUUUAUUUUUUUACAAAAAGGUUGCAAGAGGAUGAGUUACUAAGUUAGUCUAAUGAACUGGUGUUGUUGUUGUCCACUUGUAAGCGAAUGAGUGUCUAAUUAUCAAGAAAAGGUUGAGAUGAGGAAGGACAGGAUUGAACGCUGACUGUUUAUGUCACCUUGACAUUAGAGACAGUGAACCACUUACAGUUCACACCCACUUGGCCUCGAGACCUUUAAGACAAAUAAUUACUCUGACUGAUAGACUAACAUGUAUGUGGCCUUGUUGUCUUUAGAAGGAUGGGUUGUUUGUGAUUGGUUUGUCAACAACGCGGUCAAACAAACUUUGUGAUGUCACUCAGUGCUGUCCCUUUCAGACGAAGGUUGUAACAGCCGGAUAUUGAAAUCUUAUAUAACAUGGCGUAUCUUGAAUUAAUGUGUACUUGGUCUAUAACUCAAACACACAAAUAAACAAAAACAUAUGCACGUGCAUGCGCACGCACAAACACAUACUUGCAUAAACACAGUUUUGAUACAGAAAGUAUUUCUACAAAAAGGAUUGAAACGUCUGAUUAUUUAACUGUCCAUAUUCUGUUUACUUCCAAAAGUCUGGUGCAACUAAUAAUUAACAGAUCUUCAUGCGACUGGUGUAAAGGACAAACAAACAUCCGGGUCCUUAAACUCUGUUUGUUGUCUUCUUAACGAGGAGCAUGACAGUUGUUGAGGUGGAUAUCUUUUAAUUUUGUUUGUGUUGUCAGUUCAGGGUCUACCACUUCAUUUCAGUCAAACCUAUUUAAUUAUUUAUUUAUUAAGUAUUAAUUAAGACGUGUGUGGCAUCGAUAUAAUGAAAUAUUUUUUUCGUAUAAUAUGUUGUAGUCAAAGACACUGCUGGUCAACGUCCACGUGCUAACGGGACUCUCUCUCUCUGUCGGGUAUCCUUUGAUGUAGACUGUACCCCCACGAUGUAUAUUUUGUGUCACUCUGUUGUGUUGACGAAUUGACGAAUGCUUCCUCGGUACAUGUAUUAGGAGUUGACAACAAUGUGCUCUUCUGUCAACUGUGUCCAGCUAGUUUAUUCAAACUCACCUUUAUAAACAUUUUGGAUGAAGUACAGUGUGCCUUGCCCUAUACUGUGACCCUGUGUGUGUUUUGACAUGUUGUAAGUGCUUCACGGCUACAGUCAAGUGGAUGCUAUAAAUGUCUCAUAUUAUUAAAUGUCAUUAUUAAACAACAUCGACGUCA